AACGCGUCAAAUUGCAGUUGAGAGUCAAACAAGAAAACCCAAGCAGAACCCAAACAAUGCACGCCAGAUUCCCUCAGAGUCGGCUCCUAAUAUAAUUUAUAAGUCAUUUGUGCGUCUAGUUAAGUAUGAUAAAUGAAAACACAGCACCAGGAGGUGACGGAGACGAUAACAAAUCAACGGAGAACGAACUGAAACGUGAACCGCAAACGAAAGCGACGCCCUCUUUAAGGUUCCUGCAGGCGGAACUGGAGCUCAAUGCUCAUCUGCGUGGUCUCAAAUUCAGCGAGCCGGUCCGCUACGUGUACAACCCGCUGGAGUACGCCUGGGAUACCCACCGCUGUUACGUGGACAAGUACUGCCAGGCGGGCCAGAAGUUCUUGUUUUUAGGGAUGAAUCCUGGGCCAUUCGGCAUGGCGCAGACGGGGGUGCCGUUUGGCGAGGUGCGGUCAGUUGUUGACUGGCUGAAGAUCACAGGUGAAGUCGGUCGCCCUGACGACGAGCACCCAAAGCGUCGCAUCAGCGGACUGGCCUGCACACAGAACGAAGUGAGCGGCGCACGUUUCUGGGGCUUCUUCAGAAAGUUGUGCGGCGAACCGUCAGCGUUCUUCCGCCACUGCUUCGUGCACAACCUCUGCCCUCUUAUUUUCAUGAGCGCCAGCGGGAAGAAUCUGACCCCGCCUGAGCUUCCUGCCCACGAGCGCCAGGAGCUCCUCCGUCUCUGUGACAUUGCCUUGUGCCAUGUCGUGGAGGCCCUGGGCGUUUCCAUGGUGAUCGGUGUCGGCAAGGUGGCGGAGCAACGUGCACGCCGGGCUCUUUCCGGCGCAGGUAUUGAGGUGCAAGUGGAGGGUAUCAUGCAUCCGUCCCCCAGGAACCCUCUGGCCAAUAAAGGCUGGGAGAGUGUGGCUACAGCUAAACUAGCAGAACUGGGUGUCCUCCCGUUGCUUGGCAGCACAUGACGGGCAUCCUUUGACCUUCUCAAGAGAUUUGGAAAAUAUUUCCAGUGCUUUCCCUACCAUUAUAUUAGGAAGGUGUCCUCUGAGUCUGCAGUUAAUUAAUUUCCAUUUGAUUUUUUUUAUCCAGCCUCAGAUUCUUAGCAGAAGUAAUUUGAGUAUACUUUCCAUAUAAGGUAGGUCUAUACUUCUGACUGUGGAGAAAUGAUUGCAAAUUGCAAUGUCUAUGUAUGCUUGUUUUUAAACCAAGGGAAAACACUCAUUUCUGUUUUGUUAACGCACUCCUGUCUUUGACCUGCAUUAGGUAAUGCAACGCUAUAUUCGUUUAAAGGCUUUUGGACUAUGUACAUAUUUCUAUGUAAAGUGUAUGCCAUGCUCGGGGUGUUUAAAGGCCUACUGAAACCCACUACUACCCACCAUGCAGUCUGAUAGUUUAUAUAUCAAUGAUGAAAUAUUAACAUUGCAACACAUGCCAAAACUGACGGUUUAGUUUACUAAAUUGCAAUUUUAAAUUUCCCUCGGACUUUCCUGUUGAAAACGUCGCUGAAUGAUGACACGUGUUUGUGACGUUGUUGGUUUGAGGGGACAUAUUAGCCCAGCACCACUUAAGGCCAAUAGUCGUCUGUUUUUAUCGCGCAAUUACAUAGUAUUUUGGACAUCUGUGUUGCUAAAUCUUUUGCAAUUUGUUCAAUUAAUAUUGGAGAAGUCAAAGUAGAAAGAUGGAGGUGGGAAGCUUUUAGCCUUUAGCCACACAAACACACCGUGUUUCCUUGUUUAAAAUUCCCGGAGGUGAUGCUUUACUAUGGAUCAGAGCGGUCAAGCGAACAUGGAUCCCGACUACAUGUCAACGGGCAGUUUUCGGUGAGAAAAUUGUGGAAAUAAAUCGCCUCUUACCGGAGAUCAGCGGAGCCAGCGUCGUCCUGCAGCUGCCGUGACUUCUCAAAGACUCUGGCAUCAAAACACCCGUGGCCACACCACUUCGACCAUAAGGUACUAUUAAACUCACUAAAACACUAGCAACACAAUAGCCAGAUAAGGGAUUUCCCAGAAUUAUCCUAGUAAAUGUAUCUAAAAACAUCUGCAUCCUCUCACUGCCCUCACCUUUUUUUUUUUUUUUUUUUUGUAACUUUUUUUUAUUUAUUGUUUUUCCUAGGCCUUCAUUUUAAAUUUCCUCAUCCACAAAUCUUUCAUCCUCGCUCAAAUUAAUGGGGAAAUUGUUGCUUUCUCGGUCCGAAUAGCUCUAGCUGCUGCUGGCUAAGAUUGUAAACAAUGUGAGGAUGUGAGGAGCCCUACAACCCGUAAUGUCAACUUCCGGUAAAUGCAAGGCUUUUUUAUUAGCGACCUAAAGUUGUGAACUUUAUCGUCGAUGUUCUCUACUAAAUCUUUUCAGCAAAAAUAUCGCAAUAUCGUGAAAUGAUCAAGUAUGACACAUAGAAUGGACCUGCUAUCCCCAUUUAAAUAAGAAAAUCUCAUUUCAGUAGGCCUUUAAGCGUGUUAGUUGAACUUACAAAGGUCAAGGAACAUACUCUGUAUACUGUUCUUUCCCCUUGCAUUUAUAUCGAUUAUUAUACAGUACAAUAUAUUUUAGAAUGGCAAUUUUACCAGGUCUGUAUAUUUGAAUUUUUCCAACUUUUUUGUAUUUGAUACGGAUAAUACCAUGUAUCAUAACUUUAUAAUGUAUAAUCUUUCCAGGUGGUUUGUUAGUCAAUUAAUUUACAUUUUAUUCAGUUGUUUUUUGUAAUUUUUGCACAAAAACCUUCAUACCUGCUGAGAAAUAAAAAUAAGUAAACAACUCA